GCGCCUUUUUUCUCUUCUCUGCGGGAGAGACCGGGAUGGUGAGGUAAGCGAUUAUGUAAUGUGAUUAUGUAAGUGCUUUGCUGUGAUGUGCUACCCGGCCUGCGCGUGGAGGGCUCAUCUCGUUGAUGAUCCAGGACGCGGAGUGCGUUGAGUAGCAGACAGCAGCAGCAGAGAGAAUUCAGAGAUGAUAGGUGAGAAAGAGAUGACGCCGACGGUACGACUGAGGCUACGCGAGGAGGUGCGAUCUACGCGGACGAGAAGUUUGACGCAGCGGAGUACGCCUGCGCGGACGUUGCGCGGGAGAAAAGGGAGGAGGGAUGAUAGCGAGAGCAGCGAGGCAGCAGAAGAGGAAGAAGAAGAGGAGGAGGAGGAGGAGGAGGGGAGUAGUGGGAGUGAGAGCGAGGUGAGUGAGAAGAAAAGACGGCGGGGGAGUAUUAUGAAGCGGGCAAGGACGCGGUCGCCGAGUAAUGGGGGGUAUAUGCGGGUCCCUGUGGUGGAUGAUAAGCCACGCGAGGAACGUCCGUAUGUCGAGUUCCAUCCUUCUCUGGCGGUUGAUGCGGAACUCCCACUUCUUGACGCGGACGAGGUCGAUAAGCCUAAGCCCGCGUCGAGCAGUACAGGGACUUCAAGCCGCCGACGACAGAGAGGAAGCAGCCAGCCUGCGGGGCUGAACAAGCCAAAGUUCAGGGUGGUGAGCAGGUCGGGGCAGGGGAUCGCGGGGGCGGCGGAGGAGUUGCCGCUGAGUAGCAAUGCGGCGGGGAGGGAGCAGAGGUUUGUGAUGCCGCGGGAGUAUAUCCGGGAGGAGAAGAUUGGGCUGGAGCCGGAUGAUGGGAAUGCGGUUGAGUAUGAUAUGAACGAGCAGGAUGAUCAAUUUUUGACGAUUCUGAAUGAGGAGAGGAGGAAGAGGUAUUCUGCGACCCCGAUCACGCGGUUGAUAUUUGAGGUGGUGAUGACGAUGCUGGAGAAGGAAUGGUUUGCGCUGCUGCGGCAUAUUCCAAAGGGAAAGACGACGCAGGCAAUAACUAGUGCAGCUGCUACUGUGACUAAUGAUGGAGCACGAGGGGGAUCUAUAGUUGCAGCAACAAGCGCAAGGGUAGAGGAAGAGAACGACGACUCUAAAUGUGCGUUAUGCGACGACGGCGAGUGCGAGAACAGCAACGCGAUUGUGUUUUGCGACGGAUGCAAUGUGGCCGUGCACCAGGACUGCUACGGGGUGCCGUUCAUCCCCGAAGGCCAGUGGCUUUGCAGACGGUGCUUGAGUGGUGGACCAAGGCGCGAUGUGUCGUGCAUUUUCUGUCCAAACAAAACCGGCGCGUUCAAGCAGACCGAUCGGGGCCAUUGGGCGCAUCUGCUAUGUGCGCUGUGGAUCCCGGAGGUGAGCGUGGGCAAUCUGGUGUACAUGGAGCCGGUGGAAGGGGUUGAGCGGGUGCCGCGGCAGCGAUGGAAGCUGGUGUGCUAUAUCUGCAAGCAAAAGACGGGCGCGUGCAUCCAGUGCAUGAGCAAGACGUGCUACAUGGCCUUCCACGUUACGUGCGCGCGGCGGGCGGGGCUGCAGCUGAGGAUGCGCGCGACGCAGGCGGUGGCGGCGUGUUUUGAGAAUUACGACCUGCUGGAGGCGUUUUGCGAGCGGCAUUGCACGGAGGAGUAUAAGCGGGAGCACGAUCUGAAGACGAGUGUGCGGCGCGCGCAGGAGCAUUACAGCAUGCUUUUGGGGAGUAAUCGGGAGUACGCGGACGCGCAGACGAGCGCGCUCAGGAACGCGGGGGGAGGGGGAGGGGUGGAGACGAGGCCGCGGAUUAUGCUUAAUUUGACGAGUCUGGGCGCGGCGGCAGAAAGCACAAGUACAGGGGUGGACGAGGACGGAGAGGGAGGGACAGGCGAGGAGGUGGUGAAGGUUGUGUGGAAGACGAAUACGGGUGCGCCGGUUGUGCCGCAUGCGAUAUACCGGAAGAUAUGCGAGCGGAUGAGCCGGUACGGGAUCCGGAAGAGGAAGGAGUUUGUGGCUGAGAUGUGCCGGUACUGGACGCUGAAGAAGGAGGUUGGGCGGGGAGCGGCGCUGUUGAAGCGCCUGCAGGUCGCGAUGGAGGCACUUCCGGACCGAGAGUUCACACGAGAACAAGAAGAGAAGAAGGUUGAGUUUGCGCGGUAUCUACGAGCGGACCUAGGACGACUACUAGAUCUAGCAGAGAAGGUAGUCGAGCGCGAGGAGCGGGUGCUCGAGCUGGCGGAGACGGAGGCGGCGAGCAUCGGGCGGGUUGUGAGCGGCGGUCGUUAAAGGAAUUGAAUUUCGCUUCAGGAAAAAUAAAUUAAAAGGCAGCGGCAGUGGCUGGUGGCGCCGCAUGAGGCCGUGGCGGGGUGUGGCUUGGCACGGCACAAGGGCUCGAGAGCUGGUGAGGUGAGGUGUUGAGAAGAGGAGUGAUGGUGGUAUGGUGAAGGAAUGAUAAUGAGAAGUAUAGAGAUAAUGCGAUUGACUACACUGUAUCAAUACAAUACACACAAAAGCAG